UUGAGUGAGUGAAGAUUAAUGUCGUGCGCUUUUACCGUCAGCAUCCCGUGCACGCACCUGCCUUGGGACUAGACUCCACCGGAGCGUCUCGCGUUUGAACUGGAAAACCUUGCCGUCUCGGUGUAUCUGGAUUAACGGAAUGGAUUAGAGAUCUAAGAACGCCCCUUUCCAUGUCGGAGGAGAUGAAGAAGCAGCACCCUCCUCUUCCUCACCAGGAUGUCCAGAGAGAGAUCAGAGAAGGGGAGUAACUGGGGAUACACUAUGAUGGAGCCCUGAUACAGAGGACAGAGCACAGUUAAAUGGAGGAGCGGGACAGAAGCCGCUCCCCGUCCCGCAGGACCAGUCGGGUGGAGCAGGUGGUGGGGCGAUGGCUACGACGCUCCAGGGAUUCCAGCAGCAGAGAGCGUAUCCUGGUAGAUGGGAAGGCGGCUGCGGGGGGAGAAUCUAGCGGUCAGGACCAGAAGAACAACUACCCGGUUAGACUGACCGUCCAGAUCCUACGAGACCCCCUCCUCAAUACUCAUGGACUCACCCUGACCCCUCAGACACCCAUACUGGUGCAGGACGUCACCCCAGCGGGGCCGGCUGAUGGAAGGCUAGUCCCUGGCGACCAGGUCGUAAAGAUAAACAAUGUUGCCGUUGACGACCUGACCCCAGAGCAAGCGGCUGACCUCAUCAGGGAGUGUCAGUGCUCUGUGAUGAUAACGGUCCUCAGAAACUCAGCGGGACCCAAGUCUUCCUUCAUCACCCCAGAGAAGAGAGCUAAACUCCGGUCCAACCCGGUCAAAGUUCGCUUUGCUGAGGAGGUUGAGGUCAAUAGUCACUCUCAGGGCAACUCGCUGCUCUUCCUCCCCAACGUUCUAAAGGUGUAUCUGGAGAACGGACAGACCAAGGCAUUCAAGUUUGACCCCAACACCACUGUCAAGGACAUAGUGAUGACCCUGAAGGAGAAACUGUCUCUGUCUCGUAUUGAACACUUCUCUCUGGUUCUGGAACAGAAGUAUAGCAUCAGUAAACUGCUGUUACUACAUGAAGAGGAGAGGAUACAACAGGUAGUUCAUCAGAAGGAAGUCCAUGACUACAGGUGUCUGUUCAGAGUGUGUUUUAUACCCAGAGAACCUGAGCACCUGUUACAAGACGACCCCUCUGCCUUCCAGUACCUCUACCUGCAGGGUAUAAACGACGUGCUACAGGAGCGUUUUGCGGUGGAGAUGCGUUGCAACACGGCCCUGCGUCUGGCAGCCCUGCACAUACAGGAGAGACUAGCCAGCUGUGGACAGUCACCUCGGACCAAACUCAAGAUCAUCACGAAGAGUUGGGGCAUUGAGAACUUUAUCUCUUCAACCCUCCUGAGGAACAUGAGGGAGAAGGAUCUGAGAAAGGCCAUUGGCUAUCACAUGAAGAAGAGCCAAUCACAGGAGCCAAAGCAGAAGGUGCUGUCGGCCAAUCAGGCGAAGAUUAACUACCUGGAGGAGCUGUGCGACCUCAAGUCCUUCGGCGGGAAGUCUUUCAGCGCCACCAUGAUGCUCCAGGACAGAGAGUCGAUGGUGACCCUGUUGGUGGGGUCGCGGUACGGUAUCAGUCAGGUGGUGAACCACAAACUGAGCAUCAUGACCACCCUCACAGAGUUUAGCAGUAUCACACGCAUAGAGCUGCUACCAGAGUCUGACCGUGUCAGUCUGGUCAAGAUAUAUCUACAGGACAUCAAGCCUAUCACCCUGUUGUUGGAGUCAGUAGCAGCUAAGGAACUGUCCUGUCUGGUGGCAGGGUACUGUCGUGCCCUAGUGGACCCCAGCCUCAUCAUCUUCCCCUGGUCACAGGACGCCAAGCAGCACCGCGUGUCCGCCGAGGAGGGUAUGCUACCACACACGAACACAAACACACACACACACCAAAUCUCUGCUGAGGAGGGUACAAUACCACCCCACUACCAGGCUAGAGGGUAUGCUACCACAGACGGACACAAACACACACACACACCAAGUCUCUGUUAUGUGUUCCAGGUUAUGUGUUCCAGGUUUCAUGUUGUCAUGGUGUGUUUCUAUAGGUUAUGUGUUCCAGGUUUCAUGUUGUCAUGGUGUGUGUCUAUAGGUUAUGUGUCGAGGUGUGGCAGUGACUCGGACGAUUCCUCAGACAUGGACAUGGACACUCUCAUCUCCCUCGUAUCCCAUAACAACAAGCGAACCACAUCAGACCCUGUCGGUCUACGCCGGAUUAUGGAGGAGAGGAAAGAGGAGAGGAAAGAGAGAAAGGAGAGAGAGGAGAGGAAAAAGAAGGAGAAGGGAGAAGGAGAACAAGAGAAAAAUAUGAAAUACGGAACUAUGUCUCCACUGAGAAAAAACAGAGAGAAGGAGACAAUUGAGGAGAAGGUGGGAGGAAUUGGGGACCAGAGAAAGAAAGACACUGAAGCUGGAGAAGAGGCGAAGUCCGAGAAACAACGAGGAGCAGAGAACGGAGGAAUGCAGGAAGACGGCAGAGAAGGAGAGGACGAGAGAGCAAAGAAGGAAAGAGGAGGGGAGGGGAAAGGAGAGGAGGAGAGAGGAGGACGGGAAAGGAAAGGAGAGGAGGAGAGAGGUGGAGGGGAGAGGAAAGGAGAGGAGGAGAGAGGAGGAGGGGAGGUUGGGGGAGCUACGACAGAAGAGCACCCGUCCGUAUCAGAGGAGGCGUCAGACUCGUGUCGUACUGACUCUCGUUUCAUGACCAGCAUCUCCAGUGACUCCCUGGAUGCUCUGGAGGAAGAUGACCUGAUCGCCUGCUCUUCCUCCCACCCUCACCCUCCCUUCCGCCUCACAGUGGAGCCCCCCCAUCCCCAGCCACACCCACGAGGGGGUGCAUCCUCACCCCAAGGAGGGGCAGGAGAGUGGAGAGGAGAAGGAGGUGGAUGGGUGUCAGGAGAUUGGAGAGGAGGGGUAGGAGGAGAGUGGAGAGGAGAGUGGAGAGGAGGAGGAGGGGGAGGAGAGUGCAGAGGACGGGGAAGAGGGAGGAGAUCAGGCAACGGAGCUUGGGUCAACCCUCACCAUUCUCCCAUGACCCCUGACUCCGUGAACUCUGAACCUGUGACCCCCGUGGUUGACCCCUCUGAGAACCUGAACUACGCUGAGCUCUCUCUCAUGCUGGAGUACCUCCCCAGUCCUCCGGAGGCGAGUGACGAUGAGGACGAGGAGGAGAAGAGGGAAGAGAGGAGGAGGAGUAAUGAAGGAACUGGACAGGAGGUAUUUUCCGUUUCCGGACGUCCUCGUUCCUCCUCCUCCUCACUUAUGGACUGUGUGUUUACCUUCGAGCAGAAAGACGCAAGGCAUUACUACAAUAUCUGCCCUAAUGUUACCCCUGAUAGCACCCGCAGCCUCACCCACCCUCACCCUGAGCCUGAGGAAGAGGAGGGUGGUGGUGAGGAGGAAGAGCAGGGGGCGCUCCUAACCCUGGAGCCCGUGCCCAUCCUCCAGCCGCCUCCAGGGUUCGGAGACAGCAGUUCUGACGAGGAGUUCUUUGAUGCGAAGGAUCGGUUCGCCUCGCCUGAAGACCCAACAUCAGGGACUGUGUCCAGAGAUUUUUCAGCCGAGAUGACGAGUGGAAUGACGCAGCAAACUGUGAGCCUGAGUGACAUCAGAAUCAGCCUGGCUGAAGGAACGAGGCAUGAAAGAGAGGAGGGUAGAGAGGGAGAGACCAACGAAGGAGGAGGAGAGAUGUUCUCCAGGCUCUCUAGGAAAAGAUCGAAGAAACGGCGUUCCUUCAUGCAGACCGACUUCACCUCAACAGUCUCCUACCCUGGACCGGACCAAAACCAGGAGCGGAACAUGGACUGGAACCCAGAUCACGUUCCUGAUCAGUAUCCGGACCGGGCACAGAACCGGACAGAGAGCUCAGACGAAAGCCAGCAGCUGAGUCUGGACCCAGAACCCUCUGAGCAGAGCCAGAACCCAUGUCCUACUGUCUCCUCUCUGAGCCAUGCCGAGGGCGAGGCGUUCCAGCUCGAGUCCAAGCCGAUCCUCACCAAGCCCAGCCCAGAGGGGUCCCAUCGGGGACCUGGAGAGCCACGUGUGCUUGGUAACCCAAAGGGAGAUCCACGGGCGCCUGAUAACCCGAAGGCUGACCUCCAUAGGAGCUCCAGGAGCAGGCGGCAGUCCAUGGAGACGGAGCCCGACGUGAUGGAGUCCAAAUCGGUCACGGCCCUGGUGUCGGCAGCCUCCCUCUCCAUCACGGCUGUCCGCUGUAGAGUCGAACCAGACGGCAAGGAGAGCAUUGAUCGGAGAGGAGACGGGGAGGAGGUGGAGGGAGAGAUGGAGGAAGAGGAGCGGGGUGGAGAAGCAGGGGCAGGACCGUUCACAUGUCACAUGUUUCUGACUGAGAUUAAGGAGGAGGAGGGGCAGAGGGGGGAGGAAACGGGGGAGGAGGGGGAGAGCGACAGAGAGCAGAGACAGCCCUCGCUCAUUUCUGAAGGUCCACCCUCUGUUAGGGGGUCCCAGUUUAGUAGACGACCUCUGUGUCUAACGAAAGACGAGGAUCAGGAAGAUUCUUUCGUACCCCAAAUAAGUAUCUCCCAUCCAGGUGUGUGUGGGAGGGACACGGGGGGUGAACAAGGCGUGGCUGGUGGUGAGGAGAGCGUGACUCCCCUUUCUGCUCCUCCUCCCCCCACCUCUCCACUGCCACCCUUCCCAGCCCCCUCCAUCCUCCACACGGAGAGGGGAGAGAGGGAUAGCAAGGAUGGGAAUGUGGGGUCUCAACCCUUCACACUCUCAGACGGAGUGAAGGACAUUAGCUGCUUGACUCAAGUCCAUAGAAAACUCACUAUCAGUCACCAAGACCUGACACGCCAAAGGAAAGCAGAAACUGACAAUGAUGAAGCUAUAGUUAGCACUAAUUCUGUUACUGAUAACACUGAUGUUGCUACGGCUAACAUUGCAGCUACAGCCAACAUUCAUUCUGUCAUGGCUAACACUGAGACUACAGUUAGCUCUGACUCUAAUUUAGCCACUGCUAAUCACAAAGAUACAAAUAGCAUCAAAUCUGUUCCGGCUAACACUAUAGCUAAUGCCGAUUUGUCUACGGCUAACAAUGAAGCUAAUGCUAUAAUUCAUUACCUUACAACUAGCAAUGAUUCUACAGGUAAUGCUAACUUAGCUAUGACUAAUGCUAAUUCAGCUAAUGCCAACUCAGCUAUGGCUAACAUCCCCAAAGAGUCUCCCAUAUCACCUACAACAGGCUUCCUCCUCCGGCCUUGCUCACCGGGCAUCAUCGGGCAAAGUCUCUCGGCCUCCACAUUACGGGGGAAGAUCCAGAGCUUGCCCCUCUAUUUAUCUCGCUCCCAGGAAACCCUCACCCUCUCUGGGGUGGGAAGCCCCAACAGGAGCCCCUCUCCGGAGACCACCAGCAACAAGACUGAGGUAAUGGUCACCACCAAAACCAUCAAGGAAGACGAUGUCACAAAGGUGGCGACAGUGGAGGAUUUGAAAGAUUCCGGGGUGGCGUUGGCAGAGUCGGAUGAUUCCGAGGUUACGCUGACAGAAUCGGAGGUUGGCGAGGUUGUUGUGGAGACGGCCGGGGCGGAAAUCACUAGGUUGACGGUUUCGGAGGUGAAGGAGGUGGUCGAGAAGGUUGUGAUGGUCUACGGAUCCUCCCUUCCUCCCCCUUUAGCACCCAUCUCUCUAGAGUCCAAACCAGAUCCCAAAAUGGUUGUCAAGUUGCCUACCUGUCCCAUUGCUACAGUGGAAACUGCCCCUCCUAUCUGUCUGGAGCCCAAACCAGUCUCUGAACUACUCUCCCCAGGCCCCACUAUCCACAAAAUGGCCGCCCCAUUACCUUCCUGUCCUUCCUCUCCCAUGCCCAUACGCGUAGAGCCCAAACCAGACCAUGAACCACUAUCCAUACGCUCCAAAAUGGCCACCUUGUCGUCUUCUUAUCCCCCUGCUUUAGCGGUAACCACACAGAGUCUGAAUUCCUCUUCUUCUAAUCCUCACCCCAUCAGAGUAGAACCCAAGCCAGAGCCUUGCCCUGAACCCCUUUCAGGCCCCAAAAUGUCCGCUCCAUUGUCUUCCUGCCCCUCUGCUAUAGUGGUGACCACACAGAGUCUGAACGGACCGGGGCUCAGCUUCCCUGGUUAUAACAUGAGAGGACGGCCAUUUGGGAGCAACAGCUACUGUAAACCCCCAGGCGAGGAGGCAGGCCUGCUGAACACUCUGACUACAGGCUGUGGGGUCUUCACCUCCACCUGUGAGACCCAGCCCAACCAGGCCCACAUGGAAUCCUUUUCGCCGGCAAAGCCUGAUUUUGGGUGUAGCUCGGUGCUGGCGUCUGGGUGCGAGGCGGUCCUGGAGGGGGUGCAGACGCCCCUGGAGGCAUGCAGGUGUCCGCCACCGCUGGUUUAUACCAACUGUUUCAGCGGGGGUGACAGCUUCGACGAUGAGUUGACAGUUUACGAGUUCUCCUGCCGGACAAGUUCUCCUCCCGCCUCCCAACCCUCUUCCUCUGCGCUGGCCCUCCCCCUCACGACCUCUCCUCCUCUCUCCUCUUUCCUCUCCUCCUCCCCUCCCUCCUCCCUCCUCUCUCCCUCCUUCCCUCACUCCGUCCUGCCCCCCUCCUCCUCCAUGGAGCUCUCCCCACUCCUCUCCCCGCUCCUUUCCCCGUCCAACUGCUUCUUGUCCCAGUCAAGUCUCCAUGAUGAUAUCAGCCGACUACGCCACCACCGCUUCCCACCGCCCCCCGCAGGGUUCCAGACCAUCCGGAGCGACGUGGACGAGCUUCUCACCCUCCUGCAGGGGGGGAGGAUGGGGGGGAGAGGGGGGAGGCACCCCAGGGAGACCUGCGCCACCCACUUCUCAGAGAACAAGCGUCUUCUCCACGGGGAGGCCCGGAGGCUGAUGGCUGGCUGUCAAAAGGUGGUCCGGGUUGGGCAGACCCCAGACGAGAUGCUCUUCUCCCUCUCCGACAGCUUCAGGACCCUGGUGGGCAUGGCCGGCAUGUGCCUGUGGUUCUCUGGGUGCGACCGGUGCGACCGGAGGAAUGCCGAGGCACUGGCGGGGCUGGCGGACGUGGCCAGAACGUACCGGGAGUUUGUGCUGGCGGCGGAGAGGGCGAGCGGGAGGCGGAGCUGUCAUGACCUCAGCACCAAGCUCCUUGCAAAGCAGUGUACCGCCCUCACUGCUUCCGUCUUCUGCCUCACACAGCUGUUCCGCACACUCACCUCGCUCUGAACUGAACCAACGAUCUCUGACCCCUAUAACAACCUGUCGGUUGACCUUUCAAUUCUGACCUCUAGACCCACUACACAGGGUUGCCAGCCAAUCAGUCAGUCACCAGGCUGAGUGGGGAAUGAAUGUGUGAACUGCAACAAGUCCACGUAGCGAGAAAAAGAAAGUAGAAGCACAAUUGAAAGGAGAGAGAGCUGAGACGGAUGAAACAAGACGGUUCUAAUCUCCUGUGACAUCAUGGAGAGCCUCUGUGGCAUCAUAAAUAAGGAACCUCUAUGACAUCACAAAGUGCCUGUGUGACAUCACAGAGAACAUGUGACACGCUGGAGGACAUACAAGUGAUGUCAUAACAGGUCCCAAAUGACUGUUAAGCUUUUUUAACAGUAACCUACAGUACGCUGUGCAAGUACUGCAGCCACACAACGAGGGACGAACUGGACAUCACCAAACUGCAAGAAGCCUCGCGCAAUGACAAUCUCCUGACUCAAAGCCAACCUGCUUGCGUUAAUAUAGUAUUUAAGUAACUAUUAUAUUUGAAUGUCCAUUAUUUACUUGUUUUCAUUAAUAAUUUAUUUGUUUUCAUUCAUAAUUGAUUUGUUUUGAUGUGUUAUUUAUUUGUGAUGUUAUCACUAUGAUUAUUGAUUCUGUAUGGUAUUGCUGUGGGGUGUGAAAAAGAGGAAUGUGGAGGGAAUGGGUGUGUUUACAGAAAAGAGGAUGUCGGUACACACACACUCCAGAGUUGGCUGAAAGGUACAGUCAUGUUGAUUGUGUUAUUAUUUGGCUGAUCAGUCAGUGGAAGGUUUUAUUUGUUACUCUCUCUCUCUGUCUCUCUCCCUCUCUGUCUCUCUCUCUCUCUCUGUCUCUCUCUCUCCCUCAUUCUCUCCCUCCCUCUGUCUCUCCCUCUCUGUCUCUCCCUCUCUCUGUCUCUCUCCCUCAUUCUCUCCCUCUGUCUCUCCCUCUCCCUCUCUGUCUCUCCCUCUCUGUCUCUCCCUCUCUGUCUCUCCUUCUCUGUCUCUCUCUCUGUCUCUCUCUCCCUCUGUCUGUCUGUCUGUCUCUCUCUCCCUCUCUCUUUCUCUCUCUCUCUUUCUCUCUCUCUCUCUCCCCAUCUCUGAAUACGUGACAGGCGGUAUGGUCACAUGACCAACCCUCAGAUGAGGGGGCGGGGCUCUGAAUGUCAACCGUUUACAAAACCAAAAAAAGGAGGGAAUUUAUAUCCCAAAUGGCCUCUUCCCUCUAUAGUGCACUACAAGGGCUUAUAGGACUCGGUCAAAAGUAGUGCACUACGUAGGGAAUACUGCCCUUAGAGUGUACUAUCUAGACGGACCGUAUAAAGGUUCAUCACUGUGUAUGAUAUUUUAUAAACCUAGUAGCUGAAUGCUGAUGUCUGUGUAUUACUUUUUUAAAUCGGGGAGUUGGGGGGGGGACGCGGGGAGUGUACAUUUUGGGGGAAGCGUAGAGAAUUAGCACACAAACCUAACGUUAUGUGGUUGUAAAAAAAAAAGGUGGCCAUUUAUAUUUACAGGUUGUGUCCCAAUGGAAGCCUAUUCCCAGUAUAGGGCACUACUUUUGAUUGUUCCCUAUAGAGCCCUAUGGGCCCUUGUAAAAAGUAGUGCGCUGCAUAGGGAAUAGUAAGCUUACUAGUUGUAGUUUUUCUAUCCACACUUUGUUUCUGGAAAGAGAUGUCAAACUCAUUCAACCUGCAUGUUCACUGUUCAGACAUUAGCAUUGUUUCCAACUUGAACUACACACAUUCAUGUGUUACCUGAUUUCAUGUGUUACCUGAUUUCAUGUGUAACCUGAUUUCAUGUGUAACCUGAUUUCAUGUGUAACCUGAUUUCAUGUGUUACCUGAUUUCAUGUGUUACCUGAUUUCAUGUGUUACCUGAUUUCAUGUGUUACCUGAUUUCAUGUGUUACCUGAUUUCAUGUGUUACCUGAUUUCAUGUGUUACCUGAUUUCAUGUGUAACCUGAUUUCAUGUGUAACCUGAUUUCAUGUGUUACCUGAUUUCAUGUGUUACCUGAUUUCAUCUGUUACCUGAUUUCAUGUGUUACCUGAUUUCAUGUGUUACCUGAUUUCAUGUGUUACCUGAUUUCAUGUGUAACCUGAUUUCAUGUGUUACCUGAUUUCAUGUGUUACCUGAUUUCAUGUGUAACCUGAUUUCAUGUGUAACCUGAUUUCAUGUGUAACCUGAUUUCAUGUGUUACCUGAUUUCAUGUGUAACCUGAUUUCAUGUGUAACCUGAUUUCAUGUGUUACCUGAUUUCAUGUGUAACCUGAUUUCAUGUGUUACCUGAUUUCAUGUGUAACCUGAUUUCAUGUGUAACCUGAUUUCAUGUGUUACCUGAUUUCAUGUGUUACCUGAUUUCAUGUGUAACUUGAUUUCAUGUGUUACCUGAUUUCAUGUGUAACCUGAUUUCAUGUGUUACCUGAUUUCAUGUGUUACCUGAUUUCAUGUGUUACCUGAUUUCAUGUGUAACCUGAUUUCAUGUGUAACCUGAUUUCAUGUGUAACCUGAUUUCAUGUGUAACCUGAUUUCAUGUGUAACCUGAUUUCAUGUGUUACCUGAUUUCAUGUGUUACCUGAUUUCAUGUGUUUCCUGAUUUCUUGUGUUACCCGAUUUCUUGUGUUUCCUGAUUUCACGUGUUUCCUGAUUUCUUGUGUUACCUGAUUUCUUGUGCUUCCUGAUUUCAUGUGUUGCCUGAUUUCAUGUGUUACCUGAUUUCAUCUGAUAUCUGAUUGCAUGUUUAACCCGAAUUCGUGUGUUACCUGAAUUCUUGUGUUACCUGAAUUCUUGUGUUACCUGAAUUCUUGUGUUACCUGAAUUCUUGUGUUACCUGAAUUCUUGUGUUACUUGAAUUCUUGUGUUACCUGAUGUCACAUGUUACCUGAAUCCAUGUGUUACCUGAUUUCAGUGUUACCUGAUUUCAGUGUUACCUGAUUUCAUACAGCACAUUUCUAUAUGUUAAAUGUUUCGGUAACUGUUUGUCAUGGGAAAUAAUAUCUUAUUUUACAUAUUCAUAUUUCCUGUUGGGGAAAAGUUUGCAGAUCAAAAGCCAAUCUAGACAAAAUAGUUUCACAACUACUGUUUGUCCAGCAGAGUUGGGAUGAAUUCAAUUUCAGUUUGCAGUUAAUUCAGAAAGUAAACCAAAUUCCAAUUCCACAUUUUCCUCAUUUAAAAGCGUUGACGAGAAUUGGAAUUACAAUUGCAAUUUCAGUGUAGUGUCUGAAUUGCCUGGAAUUGAUGUGGAAUGGAACCCAACGUUGAUGUUCACAUACUGCUUCUAGUUCUAUUAUACGUUCAUCCUAAAAUGAAGACUAAAAUGUGUUUUUAUGUCCUCUCUGCAACGCUUGCAAUAUUCCGGUACAUUUUCUAGAAAUCCCGGUUGAAGGAUUCCAGAUUCCCUACAUUCAUAUUCUGGGAAUCUUUCAACCUGAGUUUCUGGAAAAACCUUGGACUUUUGGGGGAAAUUAAGUUUCUGGAAUUUGGCAAACCUACUUUCUGCUCACUAAGCAUGCCCUACUCAACCAUAAUUGCAUCUUUGAAACAUCAGGGAAAUAACUUACUAACUGCUGUAUGUGAAUGACUGAAUGAGUGAUGUCCGCCUAUGCUUUGUCAUGCUGUACUACAACCAUUAAAAAUACUGAACUGUUAA